AUGGCUCUCUCCAAGUACCAGUUCGACGCUCCAGACGCUGACGUCAUCCUCAUGACGACAGAGGCAGACUCGUCCACUGAAUUUCGUGUCCACAGAUGUCUCCUGUCAGCCGCAUCGCCGUUCUUCAACGACAUGUUCUCGCUGCCACAGGGCAAAACACCAGAUGAAGACAUUCCUACCAUCCCAGUUCCCGAACCGGCUCACGUUCUGGACAACAUCCUACGAUUCAUAUACCCUAUCCCUGACCCCAUCAUCACUUCUCUCGACGAAUUGGCGGCCGUCCUCGCUGCUGCAAUACAAUACGACCUCGUUCAGGCCAUCAGCACCAUUUGCAAGCUUCUAAUUUCCCCGCAGUUUCUCCAGACGAAUCCUCUGCAAGUCUACGCCAUCGCAUGCCGCUUCGACCUCGACGAAGAAGCCAAAGUUGCUUCGCGUCACACCCUCGGCAUUGACCUUGUCGAGGCACCCUCAAUUGAGGCACUUCGACAUAUCUCAGCUUACGACUACCACCGCCUUCUCAAGCUGCAUCGGUAUAGGUCGCGUGCAGCGCUGGAGCUACUGAACACUGCUCCAGAGAACAUGAAGUGCAUGCAGUGUAACGGAUCCGCUUUUACCAUGGAUCGCAAACCAGGGUGGUGGAUAGAGUUCGAAAGGAUUGCGAAAGGGCGAUUGGAGGUCAGACCAUCUACGGAGGGGCUAUUCGAGGUGGAGUUCUUGUUCAUGGUUGCUAGAGCUGCGGGGUGCACGAGAUGUCCGGAGAGUGUGCUUGAUUCGUGGAGGUUCUUAAAGGAUCUGCAGCGGGCGAUUGACGCGCUGCCUGCAACGGUUUAG